CCCGUGUCUUCCAUCUGAUAUCGAGAUCGAUACUGCCUCUAACGAGCCAUCCUCUAAAUAAACUACAUUUCUUUGAAAUCCCUUAAAACCAAGUGGAGAGGGCAUCUUACACUCACAAAUUUUAUAACGAACACCCAACAAACGAAAGCAUAAUCCCGGUCGGUUCAAGCGCAUAGAGUUAGAAGCCUCCUUUACAUGCAUUAAAUAUUUUUAGAAGGCACCGUUGGUGUAAAGCACAACAUGCGACUUUAUGCUGUUAAAUUAAAGGAAAACCAACCUUUGUAUUCAAUUUCGUCUUCAGAGAAAUAUAUAGCGAUUGCUGGAGUAAAUUUUGUUCACAUCUUACCAAGUACCUUUUUUCCGGGGAUUUCAUCUAAUGAAAAAGUAAAUCAUUUAACAGAAGAGUCCUUUUUGGCUAAACUACAAUUUUCAGCCUCCGUUACAUGCGUGCGGUUUUCAAAGGAUGGUCGAUACCUCGGGAUUGCUACGGAAGACGGGACCUUCCUUUACGAAGCAGAGAAAUGGGACUCGCCCUUUCAAAUUAUAGCUGGGCCCGCCUACGAACUUUGUUGGAGUCAACAAGCUAAUCUACUAGCGACAGCAUGGAAAACUAUUUCUAUCUAUUUACGAAAAGAAAACCCCGAAACAGCUGAGAAUGAAAGUAUUACACCAAAGCAGGAAUCUCAGGUUCAAGGUAUCUCUAGAGGUCCACCACCGCUUGAGGAAGGGCCAGAACAUUCGUUUACUAAGAAUGAAGACACAAAGGAUAAUAAAUUAGUCGAAUAUAAACUCUUAAAGGUAAUAGAUGGACAUCACUCUUUUAUUUGUGGGCUUGCCUUUGAUCCCCUAAGUCAGUAUUUGGCAUCCCAUAGUUUGGAUCGGUCUUUGAAGAUUUGGAGACUUGCUACUUUUGCUUUGGAGAAAAACAUUUCCAAGCCUUUUGAGCAUAUGUCGAUUAACAGUCGUUAUCUUCGACUAAGCUGGUCUCCUGAUGGAGCCCACGUUGCUGCAGUCAAUGCGAUUAAUGAAGGAACGAAUGUAAUUGCUAUCGUUCAACGAGACUCUUGGACAUUCGACAUCAGUUUGGUGGGUCAUCAAGAAUCUUUAGAAUGUACAUCAUUUAACCCCUAUUUGUUCAGUGACCCGUUUCAGAAAUCAGUCAUUGCUAGCGCGGCCCAUGAUGGAUGUAUUUGCAUUUGGAACACAGCGUGUGCACGUCCAACGCUCGUCAUAAAAAGUAUUACACUCGCUGCCUUUUGUGACAUACAAUGGUCGAAUACCGGCUUUGAGCUUUAUGGAGUGUCGUUAGACGGACAUAUUUGUUUAUUACGGUUUGAGGAGUCUGAAUUCGGCCCAAAAAUGGAUCAGAUAGAAUAUCCUGAAGACUUAUCAAACUGCAACUUUUUGAAAAAGCCAUAUGGAUCCAAAAGCACGUUAGAACCCACUGUAAUAAUUGCUGCACCAACCCCCAAUACAACCACUGAGGUCCCAAGAGUUAGAUCUCCUCCUUCCUCGCCUCCUUCUGUGAAAAAAAGAAAACUGCUAAAGAAAAAAGGUAUUGUACGCCCUGCAUCUAUCCAUCCAGCAACCUUUUUUUCACAAAUCCGUAUUGCCAGUCCUUUAAUAAAACCGAAGUGGGAAAUUACCAAAUCCUUUGGAUCUAUGCGCAUCAGAAAUCAUCAAGAAUGUACAAAAAUAGAAUGUUUUAUAGGGAAUGAGAAUGAUAAUACUGCUGAUUGGGUAGCAUAUCUUCCUUCUUCUGUGAUCCUUGCCAACGGAACUAAAAAGUUUUGGGUAGUAGGGACGGAAGAUGCUUCAAUUCAUGUCUUUACUCCACACGGAAGACUUCUGUUACCACCUCUCAUCGUAGGUUCAACACCUUGCUUUUUGGAAUGCUGUGAGUCAUAUCUAUGCUGUGUUGCUUCUAACGGGUUACUCUACACAUGGGACGUAAUUACUAGAAAGGCAGUUCAUAAUCCUGUCACUAUGCUUCCGCUAUUUCAUGCAAAUUUUGUAAGUUCAAAAGUUGCAAAAGGACCUUCAUUAGAGCAAUUGUUUGUAACUGACGUAGGGAGCCCGAUAGCAGUUAUGAGUGAUGGAAAUGCAUUUGCAUACAGUUCAGCUACGAGUUCUUGGCUACGGGUCAGCGAGGGAUGGUGGAUGAUUGGUAGUCAGUAUUGGGGUUCGCUUGUUACUGAUCUCCGAGAAGAAAGUGCAAUGAGCUUUUUGGAGCGCUGUACCGAUGAAGAAAUUAUCAAGGCUGGGAGAGGGAGGUUCUUACAAAGGAUCGUUAAAGCUUCUAUGCUUCGUCAAGGUUAUGAUAAUUAUGAAAUGGUUGUGAGUAUACGACAUCUUGAAAACCGUCUAAUGAGUUCUGAAAAGCUGAACUUGAAGUUCGACUAUCAUGAGAAUCUUCUGCUAUACGCAAAUAGGGUUGCUGAGGAAGGAAUGAAGGAUAGAAUGGAUGAAUUAUGCCGUGAAUUACUGGGUCCUUUGAGAGUACCUUUGAGUUGUACUACUCCUGUGAAAAUUGGCAAUCGAGUUUGGGAUCCUUACAUAUCUUCUUUAAGUAAGAGGUCACUACUAAAGGAAAUCAUCUUACAUACAGCAAAACACAGAGAAAUCCAAAGAAUUACGUCUCAAUACUCUUACCUGUUAGAACAUCUCCCUGCCUAAACACUAAUUUAUUUAUUUAAAUGAUUUUAUGUAUAUAAAGUUAUAUUAGACAGAAAAUACAAAUCCACUCUUUUUUCUUGAUCCA